CAAAUUGGUGAAAGACUUCAAGAGGAGCGUACACACAAGACAAGACAAGCCAGCCCAGGCCAAGACAAGACAGCCAAGCAAGUAAAUCAAUAAGUCAGGGCAGAGAUCGAAUAUUGAACAACUAAAGAAAUCAAAACAAAACAGAGAAAAAAAAUAACAAAAUUACAUUGUUGUUGGGAAGAGCGGCAUUCAUUGCUAGUUUUUUUUUUUUUUGGAUUUUUGAAAUAAUUUUUGAACGUGUUCGCGGGCCAAUAGCACCAACAUAGUUAGUGGCAUUAUUAUUGUUGUUGUUUUUGUUGUCACUAUUACCACCGCCACUUGAACGCUUGUGUGCUGUUAAACAAUUUGUAGUUAGCCGAACUGAAAUUGAAUACCCGCAGAAAAUAUUUGAAAUUUGUUUGAACGGUCAACACACCAGGCAAUUAACUUUGCAGCGGUGCUAACGACUUGGAAAAACUUCAGUAUCAGGAAAACUGUAAUUAACGGAAAAACUAAUCAAUCAAAAUGGUUCAUCAAAGCUUCAAAAUGGCUCUGUCCAAAAUCGACAUGGAAAUGGAUCAGGAGAAAUAUUUACGCGAGGUAACUCGCCAUUUUCGUGGCAUUGAAAAACCUUUGAAAUAUGGUCCAGUAAUUGAGACCCUCAACGAUUUGGUGGCGGCUCUACAUCAGGAAUUUGCCACCAAUUAUGUGAACAUUGAAAUGGUCAAUCACAUUAUGUUGUCCUACAAAUCGAAUCCCAAGGAAUGGAAGAAAUUCGCCAAAUUCGAUCGUUACAAAUACACAAGGAAUCUCGUCGAUGCCGGCAAUGGAAAAUUCAAUCUAAUGAUCCUGUGUUGGGGUGAAGGUCAUGGUUCGACCAUACACGAUCACUCGGAUUCGCAUUGUUUUAUGAAAAUGCUGAAGGGUGAACUGACCGAGACCCGUUUCACAUGGCCGGAAAAUACCACGGCCGAAGAUCAUUUGGACACCAUACCAGAGGGAGAGGAAUUUGAAUAUCAUGAUGCGCUGCAGGUGAUUGGCCAAAGGACAAUGGGUCUCAAUGAUGUGGCCUAUAUAAAUGACAACCUGGGCCUUCAUCGCGUGGAAAAUCCCAGCCAUUCGGACACUGCCAUUUCGCUGCAUCUAUACUGUCCACCCUUCGACACCUGUUCCAUGUUCGAAAAGACCACCGGCAAACGGCUGAAAUGCAAUGUCACCUUCUGGAGCAAAUAUGGCCAAAAAGUGGAACACUAAUCUCCAGCACCAUUUUUGUUUUGUAAUUUUUUUACAAAAUUUAAUAUAAUUUUGUAGUACCAAAAAACAACAACAACAAAUAUAUAUACCCACGCCCCCCAUACAAACACAUAUAUAUAAAUAUAUACAGUAGAAGAAAAGGACAAAAGAAGACUUAUUUAGUUUGUACAAUCCUAGCCUGUAGUUGUAGUUGUUAAUAAUUUUAAUUUUUAUUGUUUUUUUUUCUCUUUUUAUAUGGAUUUAGUUAUAAGACAAUGCGUUUAUAAAUUAAAAGAAAUAUACAUAUAAUUUUAAUAAACACAAA